CUUCCUGUCGCGUCUCCGAGCCGAGCGGAGCUCAGCAUCAGCAGCAGCGGCAGCGGCGGCGACGGCGGAGGAGCUGGAGGCGACGGAGCCGAGGCGAUCGCGUCACAAAGUUUCAGGCUGCAGCUGUCCGGACGCCGAGAGCCCCUUUACGCGGAGUCAGGACGGAGGUGGACGUGACGACGGCUGACGUUUAUUCACCCUGACUGGCGGCCGCGGACAGAAAAGAACGCGUGGAGGCGACGGUAAACGAGGACGCAGUGAUGUCAGAGACACGAACGAUGAGCUGAUUAAAGUGGUGUUAAAGGGAAGAGAAAGGUGGUGAAUUAGAAGGCGCUGCAGUGAUUCUCCACCCAGAACCACGUCCUGAACGGGCCUUUACCUGAAGACACGUGGGAGAAGCCCAGCACAGGUGAUCGGGAGAUCCAACUGGAUCAAGCCACUUUCAGGACUGGCAGAUUUCCAGAAGCCACUGACUCAUUUUCUACCUCUUGUUGCUUCUCUGUCUGUCAAGCGCGGCCGUUUUUGACAGGACCAUCCCAAAGGGAAAGAGUGAAAUAACUCAUUUCAACACUUGACAGCUCUUGACCCACUUCACUCUCCAGCUACCUGGGCAAAGAGAAAAGUUUGCAUUUCAAUGACGACGUCUCCAAAGGUGAUCCUAUAUUUUCACUUCAGGGCGAUUGAUCCACUGACCCGCUGACACAACACCUGGACACCAACCUCCUGACCUUAAAUGUCAUAUUUGCGUGUUUAUAGUGUCCAGACCUCUCCAGAGUGAGAAUGAGAGCUGAUGUGGCAGAGCAGCGCUAAUAGAUACCUAGACUCGAUUACUCAAAUUGAAGGAGUCUGUCGAGUUCCUCGAAAUGUGCAACAAAAGUAGUUCCUUUUAAUUGACGAGAGUGUGUGUGUGUGUGUGUGUGUGUGUGUGUGUGUGUGUGUGUGUGUGUGUGUGUGUGUGUGUGUGUGUGUGUGUGUGUGCGUGCGUGUGUGUGUGUGUGUGUGUGCGUGUGUGUGUGUGUCUUUCUCACAUUGUCAGAGCACAUUAAGGCCAGGCCUUUCUGGGUGAUGGAACUAGACAUGACUAAAUGAUCAAAUAGCCGACGUUGUUGACUUCACUUCUUUUUUAGCUCUCAUAACCUUCACCCACCCAGAGGACGUAACAUACUAAUAUAGUAACAUACGUUUGUUUUGCGCUGCCUCUCAUGAACACCUUCCCGUCCUUCUCCGCGCCUCCCCCCAACACACCCACCAUCCAGUCCGUGUGCAAGCCCUGCCUUCGGGCCCCGUGGAGGAUGAACGAUGUGUCCACAAAUGACUACGUAGUGCUGCUGUCUCCGGCCAGCUCCUCCCUCCCCGGCAGCCCUGGCGGCGGCAGCAGCAGCCCCCCUCUGUCCCUGGUGGUGGUGGACACCGAGCAGCGCACUGCACUGGCCUUCGUGGGCCUCCUCAUGCUGUUCCUGGUCUUCCUGCUGGUCAGGUGCUUCAGGAUCCUGCUGGACCCCUACAGUCGCAUGCCCGCAUCAUCCUGGACUGACCACAAGGAGGGGCUGGAGAGGGGUCAGUUUGAUUAUGCACUGGUGUAGGGUGAGAGGGGGGGGGGGACAUACUUCAAUGCACACACACACACACACACACACACACACACACACACACACACACACACACACACACACACAGAGGAAUUUUUAACAACCGAGCUGCAAAUAUGGUCAAUAAUGUUGGCGAUUACCUCCAAUACUGCAGUCCGUGUACUGGUGUAAAUAUGAGGCUUUAGAGCCCUUUGUAAAAUAAAGAGAGGCACACCCUGCAAACCAAACACCCACACAACGCAGACGCUCCAUCUUGAUGGACAGGACACGCGAGCUGCACAGCUGCCUUAACCUGAGCGACUGUACCCGGCCCCCGUGAUCACCUUAGGGCCCGCCGCCUGCAGUCACGCCACACGUUAGAACCUCAGCGCUACACUGGACCGGCGGAGAGCGUAAACGACAGAGUUUACACUGACGCAGACGCCCCUUUAACGCACCAGCUUCCAUAGCAGAGCAUCCACGCGUUGCCGACCGAGGAGCACAAACCCCUAGGAGACUGUCGUACACCACCUCUGAAGCAGCGCUGCAUUUCCUGAUGCUUUUAAGGCCUAAGCAGGAAGUUUAGUCGUAUCUCCAUUUACCUCGGUGUGUUUAUUAUGUCUGUACCUGAGAAGCCAUAUUGAAACGUAAAUGUAAUAUAACUGCAAGUAGAGUUUCUGUUGAUGGGUUGUGUCCUUUGCUUUUGUGUGGUGAUGAAGCAGAAGCAACCUUUAGGCUCACGAAGCCUUAUUUUUCUAUUCUGGACUCAGGUUUGGGAGUCUUUUUGCUAUAUUUCCGUCCUCUUCCUCUGCCUGUGUCGAUCUUUAGACUGUGAGUUUUUGAAGUAGCCAUGCAGUCUUAGAAGGAGACGAAGCAAGUAGUUUUGCUUUAUUUGUGUUUUUGUAACUACAUACUUUUCUGACUAUCUGCUCGUUUUUGAUACACUGCUUUGGACCUGUGAAAAUAAACAAGGUUUUCUCUCUCCCAGUUACUCAAGAUAAAAUAAAAUAGUGACUGAUUACUCGU